AUGCAAUUUAAAAAGGUGACACAUGUUAUUUUCGACAUGGAUGGACUUCUAAUAGAGUCUGAAUCCAUUUAUGACGAAAUUAUUGGUGAUAUUGCCAAACAAUAUGAUAAGGAAUAUACCGAUGACUGUAAAGUAAAAGUGCUAGGUUCUCCGGAAGUAGAUACGGCUAAAAUAGUUGUAAAAGAAUUAAGAUUACCUAUUACACCUGAAGAAUUUUUGGUAGUUUACAAGAAAAGGCAAAUUAAAGAUCUUGCACACCCACCUCUAUUACCUGGCGUUAAAGAACUUAUAAAACACCUCUACAAGAACGAUAUUCCCAUUGCCGUGGCUACGUCGUCUUCCCUAGAAGCGAUGCAAGUAAAAACCAAAGAUCACCAAGAUGUUUUUAAAUUGUUCCAUCACAUCGUGUGUGGUAGCACGGAUCCAGCUGUUAAAAAUGGAAAACCAGCGCCAGAUAUAUUUUUAGUAUGUGCUUCCAGAUUUCCUGAUAAACCUAGUCCUUCUAAAUGUCUCGUUUUUGAAGAUGCUCCCAAUGGAAUCCGAGGAGCCCUCACUGCUGGUAUGCAAGCUGUGAUGGUACCAGCUCCCUACAUUUCUCAGGAACUUCGAAAACCUGCUACUCUAGUCUUGGAUUCCCUGACGCAGUUCAAACCAGAGUUGUUCGGUUUACCAGCCAUAGAAUGA